AUGUGGAGUUACGUUAGCCCAAUUCCCGGGAUAACCGAGAGCUAUGUCUUGAAGGGUUUCGCCAUGGCUUCGCUCCGAGACUCGAUCUACAUCGUUGGUGGCCGAUUAUGCUACAAGGAAAUGGUUCAUGUUUCGGACGGAUUCGCCGACUUGGUGGACGUGAAAGUCGAGGUCCUAUCCACAGUAUUGCGCUACAAUGUUCGAACCGAUCGAUGGUCUACUUGUGCACCUCUUCAAACCCCCCGUUCGGAUUUCGCGUGCACCGUAUGCAACGACAAAAUAUAUGUCGCCGGGGGCCAGUCCACUUCGACAAAUGCCAGGGGAAUUUCAUCCGCCGAGGCGUAUGAUCCGACUCUAGACGAGUGGACUUCUUUGCCCAGCAUGAGCACGUUGCGAUACAGAUGUGCAGGGGUCUCGUGGAACGGUAAGAUCCACGUGGUCGGCGGGUUCGCUGAGAGGUCAGACUCGGACUGCUCGUCGCCUGGCCUCGCGGAGCGGAGCUCAGCCGAGGUGUACGAUCCCGAGACCGGGAGAUGGGAACUGAGGGCGAGAAUGUGGCAAUUGGAUGUUCCACCUCACCAGAUUCUCGCCCUUGAUGAUGGGAGGCUGUUCAGCUCAGGGGAUUGCCUCAAGGUAUGGAAAGGCCACAUCGAGGCCUACGAUCCCGAGCUCAGCAUGUGGAACAUUGUCCCCGGAUCGCAACAAACGACUCGAUCCCCAGCGGGGCACCCAUCGGAUGGUGCGGAUGGCGCAUGGUCACCGCCUAUCCACCCAUUAGACGUUGCAGACGGCACUUGGCCACCCAUCCAACCAACGUACGUUACAGUUGCACCGAUCGGGAGCCGUUUGUAUUUCUUGGUCGGGUAUCGGACCUCUGGGCCCUCGCCCAGAACGGUGUCGAUGGUGCACAUGUUCGACACGUUCGCAAAUGCUAACUACUGGAGGAGUUUCGGGCAGGUCGAAGAGGAUGGAGAGAAAGAGUUUUGUAGUCACUGCUGUGUUAUUCAGCUAUCUUGA